UCAGAUACACUACUUCUACUUGCCGGCGCCCUGGCGUUCCAUUUAUUCGGUCAAAAUGAUGGAUAUAUGUAUGACGCAAACCCGACGCACAAUUUGCAGUCGCAUUGGCGGAGCAUUACGAUGGCGCGGCUCCGACCAACGUACAUAUGGAUGCAAUCUCAGAAUCUCGUGGUCGAGGUCUCAUUAAUAAGGCAUACAGUCGAACCACAAGUCCGCGCGAUUCAUUCCUAUUCCUUCACCGUGGCCCAGAUGGAUGGAUACACCUCUGAGCACCAAUGAGUUACAGCCAUCCGGGGUUCAUGCCUCUCAGUCACUUUUUCAUCAUCUGUGUGCUCAGACAGCAGAACUCCGAAUCAGCUGUCUGAGCCUCAAACCUGGGUUGGUUGCUCGACGUUCCGGUGGAUAAUUUCAGCUUGCCACUUGGUGCAAGUGUGAACUGGCGGUUCACUGACUUCCAAUAGUGAUACAACAAGAAAUGAGUUUGUCUACAUAAGCCUCGUCUCAAAUACACUUUGAAACAGCAUAACUUAAAUAAAU